AUGGGUGGGAACGAUUUGGUCCGAGUCGAUACGAAUAUAUUACCGAAAUCACAACUCAUUAUAGUCUUUUGCGGCUUGGCCACUGCGCUUCUGAUAUCAUUCAUUGAUCAGAAUUCUAUUGGAAUAGCUCUGCCAACCAUUGGAGAAGACCUUGACUCGGCAACAACGAUAGCAUGGGCAGGAACUUCGAGCUUGAUUGCUAAUACAGUAUUUCAAGUUCUAUAUGGAAGAAUCUCCGAUAUUGUGGGAAGAAAAGUGGUAUUCCUAACAGCUGUAGGGCUGUUGGCAAUCGGAGACUUGGCUUGCAGUUUUGCACAAACCGGACCACAAAUUUAUGCUUUCAGAGCUAUUUCCGGUAUUGGCAAUGGAGGAAUUGCAGCCUUGACAAUGAUUAUAGUCUCUGACGUUGUGACUUUGGAAAACCGCGGAAAAUAUCAAGGCAUCCUAGGUUCCUGUGUAGGUCUGGGAAAUACUAUCGGUCCAUUCCUAGCAGCAGGUUUCGUACAGACGUCAACAUGGAGGGCCUUAUUCUGGACUAUAUGUCCUUUGGCCGUUCUUACCGGUGUGCUAGUUGCCUUUACCCUUCCACCAAGCAAGACUCACGGCAAUAUGAAAGCCAAGAUCAAAUCGGUUGACUACUUUGGCACAGUCUUCAGCUCAGCAGCCAUCUUGCUCCUUCUUAUUCCUAUCUCGGGUGGAGGAACCUACUUCGACUGGGCAAGCCCAAUGGUUAUUACCAUGCUCACACUCGGAAGCAUAUGUGCUGUCAUAUUCCUCGUCGUGGAGUGGAAGUUUGCAGCCAUGCCUAUGAUGCCACUACAUUUGUUCCGGAAUCAAGCAGUUUGUGUUAUCCUGAUACAAAACUUCUUCUUCGGGAUAGUCUACUACUCACAUCUCUAUUAUCUACCAAUCUACUAUCAAAAUGUACGGCAAUAUUCUCCAAUACUUUCCGCCGCCCUCACCAUCCCAUUUGUUGCUGGACAGUCAUUAUUUUCCAUCCUUUCUGGACAAUAUGUUUCCCGCCUCAAGCGCUACGGCGAGGUCAUCUGGGUUGGAUAUGGUUUGUGGACCCUCGGAGCCGGUCUAGUUCUGACGUUCAACCGCAACACACCGCAAUGGCAAAUGGUCAUCAUCCUCUUCAUUGAAGGUGUGGGUGUGGGAAAUGUUUUCCAGCCAACUCUUGUUGCAGCACAAGCACAUUCAUCGAAGAAUGACCGUGCUGUAGUCACCAGCAUACGCAACUUCAUGCGGUCACUCGGAGGUUCUGUUGGCCUCGCACUGUCGUCGGCAAUAUUUUCAAAUUCUCUUGAAGGAGCACUCGAUUCCGUCAGUAGCCAGCUUCCCGAGGGAUAUGUGCGGGAGGUCCUAACGUCGAUUCUGAGCGUCCCAGAUGUCUCUGUCUUGAAUCCCAGCCAGGUGAACGAGGUCUUAGAUACAUACAUGGAUGCUAGCAAAUCGGUUUUCUACACUUGGGUACCAUUCAUGGCAGUCUGCCUAGUGUUGUGUAUUUUUAUCAAGGACAAAGGAUUGCAGAGGAAGGAAGAGAAGCAGGCUGUUUCUGAGGCUAGCACACCGGGGGACACAAUCGAUGGAGAGAGUGAAGAUGAUGUUCGAAAUAGCCGAAGUGUGGAAGAUGUGGAAAAGGCGGAAGGAGAAGUGCCAAACGGUAGAAGGUGA